CUUCUGAACGAAGUAAUGGUCUCCUCUAUUUUCUCUCCUCCCUCGUUUUCCAUUUCCCUCGUUUGAUCGCCUCCGAGGUCUUUUCCUCCCUCUCUCUUGCGCUAUUCCUGUCAGGAACCCUAACUCGCCUGAUACUUGCUCCGCUGCGAUCAGCCAUGGCGGGUAGGUUCGGAUUCGGCGCCUCGUCGGCGGCCGACUCCAUGACUGUGGUGAACACGCCGACCCAGGACCUUGCCCUGACCAACUUCGCCUACUGCUCCCCCGCGGACAUGAACAAGUUCGCCACCCCCGGAUCCAAGCACGUCCUCAUAUUCGUUGGAGAUUCCGUCGUCCUCACCCUACGUGCUCACCAGAACAUUCCUAGCGAUCAUAUUGCUUUGAAUGCCAUACAGCGUCGUCAUACAAGAGUUUCAUCCGGUGAUCAAAUCUCAGUUAGCAGAUUUGUUCCUCCGGAUAACUUUAAGCUGGCAUUACUCACACUAGAGUUGGAUUUUGUUAAAGGCAAGACUAAUAGAACGGAGCAACUGGAUGCUGUACUUCUUGCUCAACAACUUCAGAAAAAAUUCAUUGACCAGAUUAUGACAACUGGUCAAAAGGUAUUAUUUGAAUAUUGUGGAACCAACUAUAUAUUUACGAUUAGUCAAGCUCUGCUUGAGGGACAAGAUGAUUCCAAAGGCGUGGAUAGAGGAAUGAUAUCCAUGGAGACAUAUUUUGUUUUUGAAGCUUCUCCAAAUUCGGGCAUUAAGAUAAUUAAUCAGCGUGAAGCUGCUAGCAGCAAAAUAUUCCGUCAUAAAGAGUUCAACCUUCUGAAGCUGGGAAUAGGAGGACUAAGUGUUGAAUUUACAGAAAUUUUUCGAAGGGCAUUUGCUUCUCGAGUUUUUCCUUCCCAUGUUGUUAGCAAAUUGGGUAUCAAGCAUGUGAAAGGGAUGCUGCUAUAUGGACCUCCUGGUACCGGCAAGACACUUAUGGCUCGUCAAAUAGGGAAGCUGUUGAAUGGAAGGGAGCCAAAGAUUGUUAAUGGGCCUGAAGUCUUAAGUAAAUAUGUUGGAGAAACAGAGAAAAAUGUGAGAGACUUGUUUGCUGAUGCUGAGAAUGAUCAGAGGACUCAAGGUGAUCAGAGUGACUUGCAUGUCAUCAUAUUUGAUGAAAUUGAUGCUAUCUGUAAGUCGAGAGGGUCCACUAGGGAUGGUACUGGAGUUCAUGACAGCAUUGUCAACCAGCUCCUCACAAAGAUUGACGGUGUUGAAUCUUUAAACAACGUAUUGCUGAUUGGAAUGACCAAUCGGAAGGAUUUACUGGAUGAAGCACUGCUAAGGCCUGGACGCUUGGAGGUUCAUGUUGAGAUUAACCUCCCUGAUGAGAAUGGUCGCUUACAAAUUCUCCAAAUACAUACUAGUAAAAUGAAAGAAAAUUCUUUUCUUGCAGCGGAUGUGAGCCUUCAAGAGCUUGCUGCACGCACAAAAAAUUACAGUGGAGCAGAAUUGGAAGGUGUUGUUAAAAGUGCUGUCUCAUUUGCCUUGAAUAGACAAAUAAGCAUGGAUGAUUUGACUAAACCCUUGGAUGAGGAGAGCAUAAAAGUCACUAUGGAUGAUUUUUUGCAUGCUCUUCAUGAGAUUGUCCCCGCUUUUGGUGCAUCCACUGAUGAUCUUGAACGUUGCAGGCUUAAUGGCAUUGUUGACUGUGGUGAGAGACACAUGCACAUACAUGAAAGAGCUAUGCUUCUCGUGGAGCAAGUAAAAGUAAGCCAGGGUAGCCCACUUGUUACAUGCCUUCUGGAAGGUCUUAGUGGCAGUGGCAAAACCGCAAUGGCAGCUACAAUUGGCAUUGAGAGUGAUUUCCCAUUUGUCAAGAUUAUCUCUGCAGAAACAAUGAUCGGUCUCAGUGAAGGAAGUAAAUGUGCACAAAUUGUCAAGGUUUUUGAAGAUGCUUAUAAAUCUCAACUAAGCAUCAUAAUUCUUGAUGAUAUUGAGAGGUUAUUAGAGUAUGUUGCUAUUGGACCGCGCUUUUCAAAUUUAAUUUCACAGACAUUAUUAGUCCUCCUGAAACGGCUUCCUCCAAAGGGUAAGAACAUGCUGGUAAUAGGGACAAGCAGCGAGGUGGGAUUUUUGGAGUCUCUUGGUAUAUGUGAUGCAUUCUCUGUUACAUAUCAUGUUCCGAGAUUGAACAGGGAAGACGCCAAGAAGGUGCUGCAAAGCCUCAGCGUAUUUUCUGAAGAUGAUCUUGACUUAGCGGUUGAAGAACUGAAUGAUAUAUCAAUCAAGAAGUUGUAUAUGCUUGUGGAGAUGGCUGCACAAGGAUCCGAUGGAAAAAGUGCCGAAGCUAUUCGUUCUGGAAAAGAGAAAAUUGACCUUAACCAUUUCUAUGAUAUAUUGCAAGAUAUAUUGUAACUCUGCAUCAUAUCACAAUCUUUUGUUUUUUUGU